AUGUCUUCCAAACAGAAAAGAACCAGUGUGGAGGCCCCGGAUGAUGAUAUUGUGAAACAACUCGGGUCCGUGGAGGUAAUCGAUGCCGAGCGCAUCAAUGAUGCGGAGAAGUCCCUGGCCCACGCCAGGUUUGAGCAUGGUCUUGGGUUCUGGAAGGCCUGUCAAUUCUAUCGGCCAGCGCUGCUUUGGUCUUGUUUUGUCAACCUGGCUGUCAUUCUGUGUGGCUUUGACGGUGCCUUGAUCGGCAGUCUCGUUGGCCUGACCCCGUUUGUCCGCACAUACGGCAGAUUGGUUGACGGUCAGUACACAGUGGCUCCCUCCUGGCUAUCGGCCUUCAACUAUGCGUCGUAUAUAGGCAGCGUACCUGGCUCGCUCAUAGCAGGUAUUGCCUAUGACAAGGUUGGUCCACGAAUAACCCUCGCGGCGGCCUCGAUCGGCUCCAUCGGUUCGAUCUUCCUUCAGUUCUUCAGCGAAGGGCCAGCACUUCUCUUCGUCGGUGAGAUGCUCAAUGGGUUCAUCACUGGUGCUUACCCCGUCCUUGCCAAUGCCUAUGUCAGCGAAGUUGCACCGGUCGCUGCACGUGGUGUUCUGUCCGCCGUCAUCAAUUUGUCCUUCGUCAUUGGUCAACUAGUGGCGUCGGGUAUGCUCAAGGGCACCAGUACCAUGGAUAGCAAAUGGGCAUACAAGAUUCCGUUCGCCUCGCAGUGGGCUCUACCUGUUUUCAUCCUCUCGUUCACCUACUUCUGCCCGACACCCCCGUACUGGCUCUGCAAAAAAGGCCGGCCUGAGGAGGCGCGUAAAUCCCUCCAGCGUCUGACCACUUCAGCUGUCGAUGUUGACGCUCAUCUCGCUCAUAUUCAGGAGACACUUCGUUUGGAAGAGAGCUCCAAGGCCACAGUCAGUAUUCUCGACUGCUUCCGCGGGACCAAUCUGCGCCGCACGAUUAUUUCGUGCCAGGUCUACAACAUUCAAGCACUGUGCGGCAAUAUUUUGUUCAUCAACUAUGCCGUCUAUUUCUUCGAGAUAGCGGGUCUGAAUACUGCCAACGCCUUCUCGAUGAAUGUGGGUCUGACAUGCAUGGGCCUCGUGGGUACGCUAGCCUCGUACGUCCUCAUCUCGUACGCUGGCCGGCGCACGAUCUAUCUGUGGGGCUGUGUCGUGAUGGCCGUGCUGCUAUUCCUCAUUGGGAUUUUGGCUGCCGUGCCCCAGCAUAAUACAGGGCCCGUCUGGGCGAUGUCCGCUCUCAUGGUGGUGUGCAAUCUCGUCUAUGACAUGUCUGUGGGGCCACUGUGUUUCACUGUCAUGUCCGAGGUGUCCUCUGUCAACCUUAGAGGGGUCACGAUCGCUCUUUCUAACAUCACGGUGGUGAUCUGGUCUGUUAUCUUCGCCGUCGCCAUCCCGUAUGCACUGGACACUACCGGUGCCAACUGGGGUGGCAAGGUCGGCUUCCUGUUUGCUGGGAUUGGUGUCUUGGACACACUGUGGUGCUAUAUCUUUCUUCCAGAGACCAAAGGCCGCACGUUUGAGGAACUGGACUGGAUGUUUCAAGAAAAGUUGCCCACGCGUCAGUUUAGCAAGUAUCAGUUUACAGAAACGCGUGUGGCGGUGGAGGCUUAG